AUGCUUGUCUUCGCCAUCCUCGGCGCUUCUUCCCUUGCCGCUGCCGCUCCGGUAACCAAGCCGUUUGUGGCUGCACGCCAAGCCACGGAGAACUCGACCUCUACCGCCGUCGCUGCCACCACCACCUCCGCUUCGUCAGCAGCUGCUGCCAGCUCAAGUUCAACCGACUUCCACCUUCAGAAUGGCUUCGACGCACAGUCGCUGAACGCGAAGUUUGCUACUCUCGCCUCGACAGACUCAUGCACAGAUGGUGAACAAGCAUGCGUCUCUAGUUCUUUCGCGCAGUGCGUUGGUGGAACAUGGGCCACGACGCAGUGCCCGGGUGGGCUCUCGUGCUUUGCCUUACCGCUCGUAAACAAGGCCGGCACCAGCAUCGGAUGCGACACCCAGGCUGAUGCAGAGGCCCGGAUCGCCGCAACCGGCGCAACCGGUGGCUUGACCGGCUCUGGUUCGUCCCCAUCCAGCGCCGCUGCCCCCUCA